CAAGAUAAUCAUCUCUCCCAAAAGGUUGAAAAAUUAAUGCAGACAAUGGCACAGAAUGAAGACUGCACUUUCUAAUGGAUGAUUCUCUCACACCCCUCCUCCACCAAUCUCCACUCACUCUCAAGUCUUCCUUUGUGUGCCGUCUACGUCCGUCCCUUCUGAUGGAACCAGAAACCGGGAACAAUGUUGCUACUGGGAAGAUGGCCAACAGGGGCACUCGAAUUGCCCUGGUCGUGUUUGUAGCUGGCACCGUGGUGCUAGGCACUCUCCUCUUUCUAGUGAGUCAAGGUCUCAUAAGUCUCCAAGCUAAACCGGAGUACUGCUUGACGCCAGAAUGCGUUGAAGCUGCUGCUGUCAUCUUGAGUAAAGUAAAUCUGUCUGUGGAUCCCUGUGAUAAUUUCUUCCGGUUCUCUUGUGAUGGCUGGAUAAACAAUAAUCCAAUUCCUGAAGAUAUGCCAAGCUAUGGGGUUUAUCCUUGGCUCAGACGUAAUGUUGACCUCAAGUUGAAGGCACUUUUGGAGAAAUCAGUCAGUCGAAGGCGGGACACUGAAGCCAUACAGAAAGCCAAAAUCCUUUAUGCAUCCUGCAUGAAUGAGAAAGCAAUAGAAAAAGCAGAUGCCAAACCAUUGCUGCGCAUCCUACGGCAUUCACCUUUCCGCUGGCCGGUGCUGGAAUCGAAUAUUGGCCCUGAAGGGCUUUGGUCAGAGAGGAAGUUCAGCCUUCUGCAGACGCUUGUAACUUUUCGUGGUCAAUACAGCAACUCUGUGUUCAUCCGUCUGUAUGUGUCCCCUGAUGACAAGGCGUCCAAUGAACACAUCUUGAAGCUGGACCAAGCAACCCUCUCCCUAGCCGUGAGAGAAGACUACCUUGAUAACAGCACAGAAGCCAAGUCUUAUCGGGAUGCCCUUUACAAGUUCAUGGUGGAUACUGCCGUGCUUUUAGGAGCUAAUAGCUCCCGAGCAGAACAUGACAUGAAGUCAGUGCUUAGACUGGAAGUUAAAAUAGCUGAGAUAAUGAUUCCACAUGAAAACCGAACCAGUGAGGCCAUGUACAACAAAAUGAACAUUUCCGAACUGAGUGCUAUGAUACCCCAGUUUGACUGGCUGGGCUACAUCAAGAAGGUCAUUGACACGAAACUCUACCCUCACCUGAAGGACAUCAGCCCCUCAGAGGACGUGGUUGUCCGAGUCCCACAGUACUUUAAGGAUUUGUUCAGGAUCUUAGGCACUGAGAGGAAGAAGACCAUUGCCAACUAUUUGGUGUGGAGGAUGGUUUAUUCCAGAAUUCCAAACCUUAGCAGGCGCUUUCAGUAUAGGUGGCUGGAAUUCUCAAGGGUAAUCCAGGGGACCACAACUUUGUUGCCUCAGUGGGACAAAUGUGUAAACUUUAUUGAAAGCGCCCUACCUUAUGUUGUUGGAAAAAUGUUUGUGGAUGUGCACUUCCAGGAAGAUAAGAAGGAGAUGAUGGAGGAAUUGAUUGAGGGUGUUCGCUGGGCCUUUAUUGACAUGCUGGAGAAAGAAAAUGAGUGGAUGGAUGCAGAGACCAAAAGGAAAGCCAAAGAAAAGGCAAGAGCUGUUUUGGCAAAAGUUGGCUAUCCUGAGUUUAUAAUGAAUGACACUCAUAUUAAUGAAGACCUCAAGGCAAUCAAGUUUUCAGAAUCUGACUACUUUGGCAACGUCCUGCAAACCCGCAAGUAUUUAGCACAGUCUGAUUUCUUCUGGCUGAGAAAAGCAGUUCCAAAAACAGAGUGGUUCACAAAUCCAACGACCGUCAAUGCCUUCUACAGUGCAUCCACCAACCAGAUACGAUUUCCAGCAGGGGAGCUCCAGAAGCCUUUCUUUUGGGGAACAGAAUAUCCUCGAUCUCUGAGUUAUGGUGCUAUAGGAGUAAUUGUUGGACAUGAGUUUACACAUGGAUUUGAUAAUAAUGGGAGAAAAUAUGAUAAAAAUGGAAACCUGGAUCCUUGGUGGUCUGUUGACUCAGAAGAAAAGUUUAAAGAAAAAACAAAGUGCAUGGUUAACCAGUAUAGUAACUAUUAUUGGAAGAAAGCUGGCUUAAAUGUGAAGGGGAAGAGGACCCUGGGAGAAAAUAUUGCUGAUAAUGGAGGUCUGCGGGAAGCUUUCAGGGCUUAUAGGAAAUGGGUAAAAGACCACAGGCAGGGAGUGGAGGAGCCUCUCCUACCAGGCAUCACAUUCACCAACAACCAGCUCUUCUUCCUGAGUUAUGCUCACGUGAGGUGCAAUUCCUACAGACCGGAAGCUGCCCGAGAACAAGUCCAGAUUGGUGCUCACAGCCCUCCUCAGUUUAGAGUCAAUGGUGCAAUUAGCAACUUUGAAGAGUUCCAGAAAGCUUUUAACUGUCCACUCAAUUCCACGAUGAACAGAGGCAUGGACUCCUGCCGACUCUGGUAGCUGGGCCUCUGCUUUCUGCCAUCUAGAGCGAGCUGAACAGUGCCGUUAGAUGCCGCACUGAGCACUCAGCUCCCACUGCUUCAGGCCUAUAUUCCCUGAGAACUUUUAUUUUUAAUGCAUUUUCAUUAUUUGGAUAGGGGAUCUGCUUGGAUCUUAAUAGUAUCUGUUCAAAGUUCUAGGACUUAAACAAUGGAAUACGAGAAAUGGACCAAGUCUGCUACUUUAGAAAACCAAACCAACAAAAAUAAAUGCCUAGGCUACUAUUGUUAAAACGCUAUCUGCCAAAUUGUUGCUAUUGUCCAUUUUAGUGGGUUAGGCGCAGCUAAGUGGCACAUACCAUCUUAAUCUACAGCUUUGCAGGGGGCCUAAAUAGACUGGAUCCAUAUAAAUUCAAUCAUCUAUUAAACUGGUAACCCUCAAUGAUGCAGACACAUGUUUGGACACCUUGGAGGUCUACUGCUCUGUAGAAUACAGUGCUAGAUUUUAUGUACGUUACUAUACAGCAUUUUUAACCUCUAAGAUAAAUUAGACAUAUUUUAGAUCUUCACUUUUCAAUUUUUUGUUGAAGUUCUUGCCCUCAAUUUGAGUCCUAUCGGACUGGAAACGUGCCUUCCAACUUGUGUCUGAUGUAGCUAAUUGCCCUGUUCAAGUCAGCAUGAAUGAAGCUGGCAGAAAGGCUACUUGGUAAAGGAUUUGAGCAUAUCAAAUAGAAAAAAGGAUAUAGCUUCAGACCCUGAAAGAAGUCAAAGCACCUAGUCAUGCAGCAGCAGGGUAACUAGGAAAUGUAAUCUCCCCAAUUUUAUCUAGUCUGUCCAAACAAACCUUGGUGGUUAUGUCUAUCUGCUGGAGAAAGCUCUAGCCUGGGUUAUUUUUCUUUAGCCUACUUCCUGUCUGUCUUGUUACCCUUCUCUAUGUGCAUUCUCCUGUUUCUGAAAUGAGGAGGCACUAAGAAAAUGAUUUUCUAAUUCCCCAUUAGGAACAUAUGGCUUUUGUGUCCCUUUAGUGCAAAGGGACACAUACCACCCUGAGGAGGAAGCAAAGUGCCCUUCCUUUUCGGCUUGUUUGAUGUUACCUCUGUUUUAGAAAACCUUUUUGAAAAAGUUCUUGAUUGAAGACAUUUUCAAAUUUAAAAUUCCCUGCACAGUCCCAAGAAACGUAAUUUGUAUUCUUCAAGUCUUCUAAGAGUCUGAAAGAAAGAGCAGCACUGUGUGUUUGAUCCUCAGACCUUUUUCCUUUUAAGUGAACUCCUCUAUCUCUUAUGAGUGUGUGUGGAGGAUAAAAUCUUCAUGGCCUUAAAGCAAUUUACCUGGCAUUUCCAGUUUCUUAAAAUAGCCAUUUCCUCCUUUUCACAUUGUUCAUUGUACAUGAGGUACUGGGGGAAGUGGGGCAAUAGGAGAAUCUCAAAAGCAAAAUGACAAACUCAGAGUAAGCACAGGAGCCCAUUUUGCAUUCCUAUGAUCUGUUAUCCUUUUUUAAAAUAUAGAUACACCCGAGUGUGUGCCAGGUCUUCUUGUAACCAUGGGAACUUCUGAAGAGAGAAAAAUGGAGGGGCACCAUGAUGAGGAAAACAAUUACACCACGUUAGCCAGAAGAGAGGGAUUUUCCCCUUAACUUCCUCCUCUCCAAAUGGAUACACUUCUGAAGGGCAGCUACCUUUCCCUCCUCUUAACCGUAGCUUAAUGUGACCUUAGUUUGUAUUUCGAAAGCCAAGUGAUAUUAGAUUAGGGGUGCUGAAAAUUAAUGUGCCUUUUCCCUGGAGGAAUCAUUCUGAUUUGGUUUAGACACAUAAGAUACUUCUUGUUUUAUUCCUGCACAUGGACAUUUAAAAUCAGUUGAGGUUUGUCAUGCUUAUAUGAAGUCUUUUCCUUCUUAUUUCUUUUUGAACUCCAAAGAAGCAUAUUUUGCAGGUCAGAGAAGGUGUUUGAUGAAGGCAUAGAAUUAUGACUUCGGAAAUGGAAAUCAUUAAGUCAAUUACUAAUUUGGGAAAACUGGUUGGUGAUCAAUUGGGACCCCCACAGUUUCUACAUGAUACUAUUACCUUGUCCUGAUUAACUUUACUUGAUGGAACUCCGUUAUGCUGAACGUUGUAGUUAGGAUGGCCAUUAUUCAAAACAAAACAAAAAACAAACCAAAAGAAGCAAUAUCAAUCAUCGCUAUAAGCUAGAACAAUUUUCUAGUAGGACUGGAUUUCCAACAUGCUCAUGUCUCAAUCUCCAAAUCACACUCUUGUCCCUCCUCGACAGCACAGAUUGCUAAAAGAAACAGACACUGAUUAAGUGGUAGAAGGAAGAAGGUAAAAAGCAACUGGAAGGGAAGAAAAUAAAGCCUGGAGAAGCUGGCCUAAGAAUUUGGCUCUGACGAGAAGACAGGAUUUUGGAAUCCUUGCUAUGCACAUCCACUGGAGUAGAUCCAUAAAACCCAAAACCAAACCCAUUGCCGUUGAGUCGAUUCCGACUCAUAGCGACCCUAUAGGACAGAGUAGAACUGCCCCACAGAGUUUCCAAGGAGCGCCUGGUGGAUUCGAACUGCUGACCUCUUGGUUAGCAGUCACAGCACUUAACCAGUACGCCACCAGGGUUUCCAAGAGCCAUAAAGCUUUACAAAAAUAAUUAUGGUAAAUUAAGAGGAAAUUAGAUAUUGGUUCUUAGACUAGGGAUGCCAUAACACACUUCUCUGAUUCAUAUACCAGAUGUUCUACCAGUGAAGUAUUGUCUGGGCAUUGGAGGGAGUUAGGUUUUUGUGAAACUCUCCUGGAUUAGUUAAGGAUUGUAUGUAUAUGAAGUGGUAUUGCCUGGGCUUAUCACCAUUGCCCCAGGUUUGUUGAGCUUUUCACCAAGCACCCAGAAUUGGCUUUCUCUUUCCAUUUUUUCCUUUUAUGAGAUGGACUUGGACAUGACUAAUACAAGCUCAGGAUUCAUAAAUUAUCCUGAAGUUUAUUUAGUGCCUUUCCUCAAUGGAGCUUAAAGCAGAGCACAUAAAUUUUCUCUUAUUUAGCCCUGGAGCAUCGCUAAGAAGCAACUAGGAACUAUGGCUUGCCAGACAGGAAAUGCUCCUGCCAGAGGAGUGGAGAAUAUGAAAUAGCUUGUCGAGUAGCCCAGUGUCAGGAAAGGCAGAGCCUCUGCGCUUUGGGCUACUGGCUUUUGGAUUAACCUGCAUCCCUUCGGCUACCCUAUUUCUAAGUGCAUUCAGCAUUUCUCUUGUCAUUCAGUGUUUGAUAGGCUUCUUCCUUGAUAUUUUUAGCAUAAUGCCUCAGUUACAUAUUAAAUUGUGGAAGAAUAUAUGGUUAUUUCAUACAACAACAUUCUCAUCGCCAGUGGCAAUGCCCCACUGGUUUAAAGAAAGGUGUUCUUGGAUUAUGCAUUUUAUAUCUAAAUGUUCGCCGUGAGACUAAUUUGGUUGUAUUUUCUUCCCCUACUCAUGAAACAAUGUGAACAAAUAUUUUAAGGACAAUAAAAAGUUGGUUGAAGAUUUUCUGUUUCUCUCCUUUUUUUAAAGACAGUAAUGCCUAUUACAUCCUCUAAUAUUCAGUUCUGUUUCAGUCACUGUUAUUCACCAAAUUAGACACACACACACACACACACACACAGAGAGAGAGAGAGAGAGAGAGAGAGAGAGCACUCUAGUAGACUAGCCUUCCUGGUUUAGAAAAUUGGGAUUUGCAGUAACUUCUCCAUAGACAAUGAGAGAUUUCCAAAGUGGUCAAUGUUUUUUCUUCCAGCAUGUAAGUUAGCAGCUGUGGCUUAUUGCCUUUGCAACACUAUCUCUACUGGGAAAAGAGAGGCCUCUGAGGAAAUGAUCAACCAUGAUAGGGCUGGUUUUUGAAAAGUGACAAUGAACAUUACUCUUACUAUCAAACUAAAGUAUCUCCAUAUGCUAUUACCACUCUUUAACGGUCUAGUCAGUUUACAGUCAUUCAUUCAACACACAAGAACUGAACACCCAUUAUGUUUAAAGCAAUGUAUUUAGGUGGAUAAUAUAUAAUCUCUGGACUUCAAUGAAUGGUCCGGUCUAACAUAGGAGACAGGUACAUGAACUGUUAUAAUGAUCAUACUGAAUGAUAAGUGUGAUGACAGACAAAUACAUCAGGUGUGGUGUGGAGCACAGAGAAGGAAUUCUCUGUCUCUCUUCUAGCGGAAAAAAAAAAUUU